GCGAGUCGAGACCCGAAACUACGGGAAGAGCUCGGUGGCAGCGCAGGAGCUCCCGUGCUAAUCGCCCGUUCUGACCGUGCCGUAGCCCAAACGAUGAACGUGCAGAAGGUCUUCUCGGGUCACUGAACGGAACUGAGCUCCGGGACCAGACGCACGGGGGGAUGACUGAAGUUCGAGGCUUCCCGUUGCUGCUGGCCGCUACCUGCCUGGUCGGGUUGGUGUUCAGUCAGACAACAUUGGUUCCUGCGGUAACCAACGGCACGGCUCUCCCCACGGCUACGCCCACCCCUGGCCUUCCCACAAUCCCUAGCACCACCCUUCCCACAAUCCCUAGCGCCACCCUUCCCACAAUCCCUAGCGCCACCACUCCCAUGAUGCUCAGCACCACCGCGCCCGGAUGCUCCGCCCUCAACUCCUCCAGCUGUGAGGCCUGCGUGCCCGGCUCCUACUCCGACAACGAGACGCUGCUGUGCUCGUGUUGUGCGGUGGGCGGGAUGUGUAUGUUCUCGGGGGCGUGUCUUCCCUGCCCCCUGGGAGCCUAUCAGCCGCUAGCAGGCCAGCAGCACUGCAUCCCCUGCAGCCCAGGAUUCUACAGCAAUUUGACGGGGAGUCCAGUUUGUCAGUCGUGUCCACUUGGCUUUUACAACAAUGCCUCAGGAUCUACUACCUGCAGCAGCUGUUCUCCAGGCUUCUAUGCCUCCAGGCAAAAUGCCUCAUCAUGCAGUCCCUGUGCUCAAGGAACCUACUGCAACUCCUCCAGCUGUGCCCAAUGCCCCGUGUGUCCUGCAGGAACUGAAUCUCUUCAGGCUGCAGCCAGGGACUGCACGCCCUGUCGCCCAGGCAUGCACAAGGAUCCUUUCCAGCUGCUGUGUCAGAUCUGCAGCAGUGGCUUCUAUCAGAUCCGUUGGGGUCAAGCCAGCUGUGAUGUGUGUCCAGAGAACCACUACUGCCCAAGUCCGGAUGUGAGCCCUAUCCAGUGUCCAGCGGACGCCUUCUGCCCCGAGGGCAGCACAGCUCCGGGCUACUGCAUGGAGACCUUCUUCCGUAAGGUGGGCGAGACGUGUGAGCUGGCCCCCGUCACCAUCGCCCUGCUGGUCAUCGGAGGAGGAGUGGCGCUGCUGUUUGUGGUGCUGCUGGUGUUGCGGAGGAGGCGUGAUGUGGACGGUGAGCUGUCGCUCUCUCGCACGCCGCUGCUCAGGAAGGAACGGCCCGCCGGACGCUUCUACGGCCUGCCCUGCGACGCCGAGCCCGUCUACGCCGGAUGGUGACCUUUGACCCCUGCCCUGCGACGCCGAGCCCGUCUACGCCGGCUGGUGAACUCUGACCCCGUCUGCCGACUGAACCCACAUCAUGACCUCUGCACCAGAGCUUCAUCUCCUCUGCUCUACCAGUGACUGAUACAGAAACACACACACACACACACACACACACACACCUGAGCCCUGUUUCAUCACACAUCAUCUGUAUGAACCGUUUUUGUCUCUGUCUGUUACACAAAACUGGAGGAGCAUUCCUGAGUUCAUCUGUCUGACGGCAGUUCCUUGACCGACUGUCCUGAUAGCUGACGGACGUUUGCGGAUUCCUCUGUAUGGAUGUCUGUGCUAGCAGCUGUUGCUUUUCCUCUUCUCUUAGUUUGUUUGAUUGUUGCAGUUUUGCACUGGGCUUUAACGCAAAGCCACGGCAACGCCUAACCAUGCUUGGGCAUGUGCCAGCCCCGUCCUCCUCCUCCUCAGAGAGAGUCUGUUUUGGUGCCUCAAAGUUAUUACUUUUUUACUCUGUCUCCCUGGUACUGUGCCUUAUGUGUCUCACUAUUUUAUGUAUUUAAAGUGUUGCUUCUCAAGAGAUCCUUUCUAUUAAAGAAAUGUAACAUUAUUUGAAAGAUGUAUGUUUUAAAGAAAAUGUACCCUGCUGAAAAAAACAGCCUGACCAGCUUAAGGUGGUUUGCUGGUUGACCAGCUUGUUUGACCACCCUAUGGUUGAGCAAAACUCUCGCGAAAACAUACCUUCAGCUGGUCUACCUAUCUUACGAUGGUAAUUCAGCUGGUUUUGAUUGUCGUACCACCUCAAGCUGGUCAUUUUAGUUGGUGUUGCUGGUCUACAUUGCUGGUUUUAACUGGCCACGCCAGCUUAUGUUGGUAGAAAACCAGUUUGACUUUGUCAAGCUUGGCAGGCUGGUCACCAGCAUGACCAUCUUAAACCAGCUGUAUCCCACACGACAGGCUGGUCACACCAGCACGACCAGCUUCCUCAGAUGGUCACGCCAGCAUGUCUAGCUGGUGGCCUAAACAGCUACACCAGCAAAGACCAGCAAUAGCUGGAAGAAAACCAGCAAAGACCAGCUAAAACCAGCUAAAACCAGCUACCAGCAUAAGCUGGUUUCUUGCUGGUUUUUUUCAGCAAGGUAGUCAUUCCAGAAAAUAUGUUGGAAUCAAAUAAAAUAAAAUUGCACUA